AAGUGCAUAACAAAAUGCGUGCUGUAUUCCUGCUGUUGGCUCUCGGCCUUGCUGCUGUAGCGGCUGUCCCACAAAACCCACAAAGGAUAGUGGGUGGAUCAGUCACCAACAUCUCAGAAUAUCCCUCUAUUGUGGCUCUGCUGUUCUCCUGGUCAGGAUCCAGCUACAUCCAAGUUUGCGGUGGUACCAUCAUAAACAACCGUGCUAUCCUCUCAGCCGCUCACUGCUUCGAAGAUGAUGCAGCCUGGCAAUGGCGCAUCCGUGUCGGUUCUACCAACGCCAAUAGCGGCGGAGUCGUCCACAACACCAACAGGAUCAUCAACCACCCCGGCUACAGCCGCUUCACUAUGGACAACGACAUUGCAAUCCUGCAUUCCGCCACCGCCUUCACCUUCAACAGCAACGUCCGUGCUGUCAGCAUCGCCGGCCCCAAUUACAAUGUCGCUGACAACCAAGUUGUUUGGGCUGCAGGAUGGGGAGCUACCAGCUUCGCAGGCCCCAGUUCUGAGCAACUCCGCCACGUCCAAGUCUGGACCGUGAACCAUAACACCUGCAGGUCUCGCUACUCCGAGCUAAGCUACACCCUCACCGACAACAUGCUGUGCUCCGGCUGGCUCGACGUCGGCGGUCGCGACCAGUGCCAGGGUGACUCCGGCGGUCCUCUUUACCACAACGGCGUUCUUGUUGGUGUCUGCUCCUGGGGUGAACUGUGCGCUCUCGCCCGCUACCCCGGCGUCAACGCCCGCGUCUCCAGAUACACCGCUUGGAUCCAGAGCAACGAAUGAAAUGCUAAUAGCACAAUAAUGACGCCACUGUAACUAUUCAGAAGACCUUGACAAUCGUAAUCUUUGUGAUGCUUUUUAUAAACUUCUAAAGUGAAAUAAUAUGCUAUUUCAAUA